AAAGGAGAAUAAUAUUUAGGCUCCUCGCACGUUGAAUUUAGGCUACGUGCGCUGAAGCGUGGAUGACCACCAGGCUAUAUGACAUUAUUUGAAGCGCAGUGUUGAGGAAGGAAGAAGGCGGAGUGAUUGUGAGCGUGUCAACUUGUGAAGUGAAUACACUGUCGCUCCGGUGACUUCGGAGUGGGCAGGUGACAGGUAGGACCGCGUGCUGAAGUUCUUUGGGGACGUCACUGGUGAACCAUCAGCGGUUGAUUCGCCGCAGCUGGACUGGGGGCCUAGUCUGACAGCUGAAAUGCAAACUUUUGAAAGAUAGGCCUAUCGGUUUCAGUUUAACGGAUAACGGAUUUACGGCUAUCGACUAUUAAUGGCUAUCAGAAUGAUUGGAAGCUGAAAAAUAUUCAGCAAUGGAUUCAAGUUGAAACAUGUCACACAUGCCUACAGAAGGCCUAUUUGACUGUAUUGAUAAGCGUAUAUUGCCUACGGAGAGCGCGUGUCAUUGGGUGAGCUAUAUUAAACGAAAUUAGGAAGUAGGUCUAGAUGUUUUUAUGGACCAAUAUUCACGUGACGUCUUCUAGCACUAUCGACUGAAAUACUUAAAUCAACGGAAUAAAAUCGUCAGCUAUUUGAUGUCACCAUGCACACACGGAGAAUGUUGCGGGCGCUCCCCGUUGUCAUCUUAACUUUCUUCAUCGUCUUGUUCGUUGAUUUUCGAAUGCGGACGAAACAUUCUCACGGAUCAGAGGGGAUCCGCAGCCCUAACCACCUCGAGCGCCCAACUCCAGAAGCAGCUUCCCCGGCGAAAGAGGCUGCAAAUUCGAAGAGCUUCUCAUUCGCGCGCGCCGAUGUCAGCUCGUUGAACCGGAGGGUGGCAGACCUGCACGAAGAGAUACUUCAAACAAAUAAUAAGUUAAAGACUUGGAGGCAAACGACUGUGCCUCUACCGCCGUUAAAAUUAACUGACAUCUUCAUAGCUGUUAAGACUACCGGGAGAUUUCACAGCACGCGACUCGGGCUUCUCAUGGACACUUGGAUUUCUAGGACCAAGGAUCACACGUACAUCUUUACUGACGCCGAGGAUGAAGACAUCACCUCCAAAGGUUUUAACAUGAUAGUGACAGCCUGUCCGUCAGACCACAGUCACCAGGCCCUGUCCUGCAAGAUGUCUGCAGAGUACGAUCACUUCAUAGCCUCCGACAAGAGAUGGCUGUGUCACGUAGACGACGAUAACUACGUGAACCCUGGAGCCCUCCUCGCCCUCCUCUCCUCCUUCCCCCCCGACGGAGACCUGUACCUGGGCAAGCCCAGCCUCGACCGCCCCAUCACGGCCCACGAGGUGCUGGAGGGCAACAAGACGAGAGAGGUGAAGUUCUGGUUUGCCACAGGAGGAGCUGGCUUCUGUCUGAGUCGCAGACUGGCAGAGAAGAUGAUGCCCUGGGCCAGCGGCCCCAGGUUCGAGCAGACGUCAGCAGUGAUCCGUCUCCCUGACGACUGCACGGUGGGCUUCAUCGUGGAGCUCAGGCUGGGCAUUCCCAUGAUGCACUGCUCUUCCUUCCACUCCCACCUGGAGAACCUGCUGCUGCUCUCACCCAGUAGCAUCCCCCUGCAGGUGACUCUGAGUUAUGGUGUGUUUGAGAACAAGAUGAACAGUGUUGAGCUGAAGGGUGUGUUCUCCAAAGAAGACGAUCCUUCCAGGUUUAAGAGCGUUCACUGUUUGCUGUAUCCUUUCACAAGCUGGUGUCCUUGAGUUUGCCCCUGAAGAACUCCAGUUCCCAGCAGUGCCUGGGGUAUUCUGGAAGACGUCAUUGGCUACGGUGGAGUCUGGACUUUCUGGUUAUUGAAGAUCUUGUUGGACAUGAACUGGGAUAUUAAUUCAAUGUCAAUUUUAAAUCGAACAAAAAGGAUAACCACCCAGGACACCUGACCUCAGAGAGGACCAGGAAAUGUCCUUGGGGUGGAGUUGCUCAUCAUCUCACCUAGAAAACAGGCCUUCUGUUGAAACUAGACCUUGCCUUGACACAAAAUGGCCAUCUAUACAAGACGUCAGCAGGGUAUUAAUGCAGUGAUAUUUCAGAGCACUUCAACAUGAGCACUAGUGUACAGUAUAUUUUGAGGUGUUUAUAUUAGUUGACUAGCGAACCAAUCAAAUAUGAAUGAUGUUUUACCUUCAUGAAAAACUUCAAAUUAGAUUUUUAUAUAACUCCAAAAUGACGUGAUCUACUGUACUGUGCAAUCUAUUUGUGAGUGUGAGACUGCGUUUGUGUGUGUGUGCGCGCGUGUUCCUCAUCAGUUGUGACUCACGAUGAAUGUUGCACAAAGAGACCUCAUGCAACACACUGUCUCCCUCUCUCCCUCUCUCUCUCUCUCUCUCUCUCUCUGUCUGUCUGUCUGUCUGUCUGUCUGUCUGUCUGUCUCCCUCUCUCUGUCUCUCUCUCUCUCUCUCUCUCUCUCUCUGUCUGUCUCCCUCUGUCUGUCUGUCUCUCUCUCUCUCUGAGUGAGAUAUCAUAGGCUGAAUAAAUGAA